AUGAACGGAGUUCCUGCUUUUGUACAGACACUUGGCGACGGUUUGUUAAUAUCUGAUGGAAAGAAAUGGGAACGGAAUAGACGACUUUUGACCCCUGGCUUCCAUUUUGAAAUACUCAAACCAUACGUUGAAGUAUACAACAGUGUUACAGAUAUAUUUCUUGAAAAACUGAAGUAUUAUGCAAAAAGUGGCGAGGCAGUAGACAUUUUCCCGCGUGUAGCUUUGGCAACUUUAGACACAAUAUUAAGAUGUGCAUUCUCAUACGAAGGAAAUUUACAAGAUCAGGGAAAGCCUUGGUAUCAAAUUGAUUUUAUCUAUCAAUUUUCUAACGAAGGAAAAGAACUGAAGCAGCUUUGUGAUUAUUCACACGAAUUUUCAAACAGAAUUAUAAAAGACAGGCAGCAAAUUCUGAAAAAAGAAGGACUACCAGCAAAGCGUCAUCUUAAUUUUCUGGAUAUACUCCUUACAGCUAAAGAUGAAAAUGGAAUAGGACUUUCUGAUGAAGAUAUAAGAGCUGAAGCGGAGACGUUUAUGUUUGAAGGUCACGACACCGUAGCUUCUGCAAUUAGCUGGUCUAUAUACUGUUUAGGAAGAUAUCCUGAAGAGCAGGAAAAAGUAUAUACUGAAAUAUCAGAGUUAUUAGUAGAUAAAUUAGAGGUAACGUGGGAAAAUCUUCAGGAGAUGCCUUACCUCACAGCUUUUGUGAAAGAAUCAAUGAGAAUGUUUGCACCAGUGCCGGGAACAGCCCGUCUGCUUACGUCACCGAUGCAAUUUGGUGACAUUAUUGUACCAGCUGGUGUUCAUAUAGAUAUCAGCAUUCACUCGAUUCAUCAUCAUCCAGAUGUUUGGCCUGAACACGAGGUAUUUAAACCGGAGAGGUUUCUAAAGGAAGAUAUAACUGAUAGACAUCCUUACAGCUACAUACCAUUUGCUGCUGGAUCAAGGAAUUGUAUUGGGCAAAAUUUUGCAAUGAAUGAAAUAAAAGUUAUCAUCAGCAGAUUAGUUCAGAGAUACAAAGUAUCAUUGGUAGAUGGCCAUAAUUAUGAAAUCAAUCCAGAACUGAUUAUGAGGGCAACACAUGGAAUCAAAGUAAUAUUGGAAAAUCGUUUGAUGGAGAAGGAGUGGCAAAUCGUUUAAAAGCUGAUGAAAUUUAUAAACAUAGCCAUCACCUGUCCCAAGUCAGGAAA